AUGACUGGAACCUCCAGUUCCUCAACCACUGCUACCAUCAUCAAACUUCCAGACUUGCCAAAGACUAUUGGCUCAUACACCAAUGAAUCCAUUCGCUCUGGUAUUUCUCCUUUUAUGCAUGCAGCUUUGCUAGAAACCCAUCGCAAGUAUACUGAGAAAAGGCUGGCUGCAUACAAUCCAGAGAAUUCUGUGCUGCAGCUUGACCACGACCAUAAAAUGGAGCUAAUGAAGCAGCAGAAACAACCUCAUUUGGUCUGUAGUCAACUGCAGGACUUUCAAAUGCAGCAAUUGAAUAGAUAUGUAGCCACGGCUGCUAGGCUCCCUACUUUGGCCUGUUUCAAGGACAAUGGAUGGAUGCCAGACUCUGGAAAGAAACCACCACAAGAGCUUGAGGUGAUCUUGUCAAAGGACCAGUUAAACUUUGAUUCCAUCAAGAGAGCGCUUAGUGAACAAUCCACUGCAGAUAAAUCUAUCCUCGACUCUGAUUCUGUGCAAAGAGUUGUUCUUGAUAUUAGCCAAAGUCCGGCAUAUGAUACAAAUUCUCCAGGAAAGAUUGGUGAUAUCGAUCAGGACAAGUAUGGCAAAUAUAUCCAGUUUGUAAAGCCUCAGUUGGAGGCAGAGCGAACCCGACAAGACCAACUGCGUUUAUUGAAACUGGAUAUAGAGCGAGGUUCGUUGUAUCUACAGUUACCGCCUAGAAUGCAAAAUUUAUUGAAAAAUGGGAAUACCGAUCGUAUACAACAGCAACAUCGAGAGUCUCUCGAGCAACACCGUCAAAGGCAACAAGACAUCAAACCUGAACCAGAGAAAUCACACAUUAUGGCAAAGAAAGUAGAUCCAGAAUCAACGUUAGCAUAUUUUCAACGGAUCCUUAGACCUCAGCAGCAAUUCUUUGUUCAAUACUUUCAAAUGUGGGCAAAUGGUCACAGUAUGAAUUUGGCCAAGCAGUUUAGCACACAAGUUAUAUCUGGAUAUCCUCUACAUGUAGCCAAUCAAUUUGUGCAAAAAUGGCAAGAAUGGGCAGAAAAGAUAUUCAAGGCAGAAUCAGCAUCGUCUUCGUCGGCAAACUCUACAAAAACCAAUUCUCAAUAA